GUAGCAGCAUGAUGUUCGAAGGGGGUUGACUCGAAAGUAACAUACAUACCAUUUCAAUGCGCACCGCGACCAUUACCCAGUGCAGUGCGCGAGCGAGAAACCAGUGGUCCUCCGUCAGUGGUUUCAGCGCGGUCGACCGUGUUCGCGUGUGUGCUCCGGGCCAGCAGCAGUGUAACGCACAUCUGACAGUUUCGCGUAGCGGUGGAGACGCAGCACCCGGACACCCAACCCCAAGCGUGUUGCGCUCGCUGGUGAAGGAAGCAUCUUCUUUGCAAAUAUAAAUAUUUGCCCGACUGCCUUCAAAUUGUAACGCGUGUUUCUUUUUGUUUUGUGUGCUUCUCCAUGUGUGUGACUGUUUGCUAGUGAGUAGUUGCCGUGUUAGAAGCUUCCAGGAAGGAAGUGUGCACGGGCCUAACUUCUAACUCGACUCACGGCCCGCCCCCUGUGGGGUGGAUGAGUAGUGAAGUGGUUCGGUGAAUGUUCGUCCAAGAAGGUGUAGUGUGAAUUUAUCCGUUCUGUGCUUGCUGUGGAAAGCAAAGAAAGGUGUUGAGUUUAGUGCGCACUGGAACGCAUUUCUGGAAGAUCCUGCCACUACUAGGCAACGCUUCCACAGCUCAAGGUUUUACAGCACGGGCCGAUCAUAGUGUUCACAGUGUGUUCGCGAGGCGGCGUACAUUGCCGAUUCGGCACGGGAGGAGUGUUUGUAUAACGCGAACGCGUACCACCUUAGAACCGAAGUGCCCGAAGUUGCCGUUGAUAGUACCGCAAAUUAUACACGGUGACGUGCCAGCGGACGUGCCGAAUAUUCCUUCGCUUUACGGCGGUGUCUGCAUCGAAGGCAGCCGAAGGUAGUGGUUUGUUGCAACGCGACGUUGCAUAAAUCUGUGCAAAGAAUGUGCCAAGACGGUACUGGUGCUGCUGUUGCUGUUGCUGGUGCCGCGAGUGUACAAAGAAUCGGCCAGGUGAAAGCAAAAGCUUCAUGCUGAGGUGCGUACAGCCAGUACUGACGGUCCUUUCGAAAAAAAAAAACACACACACACCACAACAACAGCGACCGAAGAAUCGAUCCAGCAAGUUCCAAAAGUGUGCUAAGAGUGAGAGUUGUUGUGCUGCGUCGUGCUGAAUUGUUUGUAGCUUCGUGUCGAUGCAUUGGACUGUGUCAGAAAUGAUUGGAAUGAAACGGAUGAUGGGUUGAACGGUAGGCAUUAAUAAAAACCAAAACAAGAAACGUACCGCCUCUUCCGAUUACUUCAAUACCAAAACCCGAUAGCGCACCCUGCUGGCCCAACCCUUCGAAAUCGAAUGACGGGUUUGUGAUAAAAAUCAACCUAUCCAGCAGGUAGCAACCAGACACGAUCACACCUCUCUAUUCACUAUCGGCAAGCAUACACCCCACACACCCCGCAACCAUGCCAACCAUCAUAUCCAAGUUCGCGAAACGAUCGUUCGACACGCUCGAGGGUCUCGGCUACUCCCGGGAGCUCGUGUCGAAGGGCCUGAUAACGGGCGCGGUCGCACUGUACUGUCUGCGCCUUACCUAUCCCGUGGUGCGUGACAAAUUGACCGCCAACGUCGGUCGGGGCAGUGCGACCGAUCCGGCCCACAACCACCGCAAUGAGAACAACAACCUCACCAAGCAGCCUCCGCCGGACGAUCCGGAGGCGAAAAAGGAGCAGAUCAUCAUCGCCAAGCGGAACCGGCAGCGGCAGGCAGGCCGGCAGCCGGGGCUGAACAUUGACUUUCUGCUGCAGCUGCGCCAGCUCAUCCGGAUCAUGGUGCCACGGUUGCUGUGCGAAGAGUCCGGCCUGCUGGCCGUCCACACGCUCUGCCUGGUGUCGCGCACCUUUCUCAGCAUCUACGUCGCCUCGAUGGAGGGUGCGAUCGUGAAGUUCAUCGUGCGGAAGGACGUGCGCAACUUCGUGCUGAUGCUGCUGAAAUGGUUCGGCAUCGCGAUUCCGGCCACCUUCAUCAACUCGAUGAUCCGCUACCUGGAGAACAAGCUUGCCCUCGCGUUCCGCACACGCCUAGUGAAGCAUGCUUACGGCAUGUACUUCAAAAACGAAACCUACUACAAAGUGUCCAACCUGGACGGGCGUAUCGAAAACGCGGAUCACCGCCUGACCGACGACAUCUCGACGUUCUCCAGUUCGGUGGCCCAUUUGUACAGCUCCCUGACCAAGCCUUGCUUCGAUUUGCUGCUAAUCGGCAUAGCAAUGGCCCGUUCGUCCCGCCGCAUGAAGGCAAACAUUGUGAUGGGUCCGGCGUUGGCCACCGUCGUGAUCGGCACGACCGCUCACAUCCUGCGGAUAGUGUCGCCCAAGUUCGGCCAGCUCGUGGCGGAGGAAGCCAACCGGACGGGCUAUCUGCGCCACGUACACUCGAAGAUCAUCACCAACGCGGAGGAGAUCGCGUUCUACGGCGGUCAUAAGGUGGAACAUACACAGCUGCAGGAAGCUUACGGUCGGCUGGUCGGUCAGAUGAACACGAUCUUCACGCAGAAGCUGUGGUUCAUCAUGCUGGAGCAGUUCUUCAUGAAGUACGUGUGGUCCGGUACCGGUAUGGUGAUGGUGUCGCUACCGAUUCUGACCGUCGGAGCAACGGCCACACCCGUCAGUCCCGAGCACAGCAAUCUGAUCAAAUCGGACGAGCAGGGCGUGAGCGAACGAACGCAAUACUUCACCACCGCCCGAAACCUGCUCCUGAGCGGUGCGGACGCGAUCGAGCGGUUGAUGUCGUCGUACAAAGAGAUUGUAGCACUGGCCGGAUACACGAGCCGCGUGGCCGGCAUGUUCGAGGUGUUCGACGAGGUAAACCGGGGCAUCUAUCGCAAAACGACCCUGUACACCGAGGAGCGCAACCUGAACGGCAUACUGGAGUUCCGCGACGGGCAGCCAGUCGCCAAGGGCAAGAUCGUGUUCUCCGUUGACGCCAAAGACAGCAGCAUCUCGCUGGAGAACGUGCCGGUGGUGACGCCGAACUGUGACAUCGUUGUGCCAAGCAUCAGCCUCACGAUCGAGGCCGGCAUGCAUCUGCUCAUUACGGGUCCGAACGGCUGCGGCAAAUCGAGCCUGUUCCGCAUCCUGAGUGGCUUGUGGCCGAUCUACGGGGGCACGUUGCGCAUUCCGAAAUCGUUUGACGGAAGGCCGAGCAUGUUCUACAUUCCCCAGCGGCCGUACAUGUCGUGCGGGACGCUGCUCGAUCAGGUGAUCUAUCCGGACACGCGCAAGGACAUGGAGGCGAAGCGGAUCAGCGAGGCGCAACUGCGGGAAAUUAUGCGCAUGGUGUCGCUGGAGCACAUUCUUGACAGGGACAGCUUCGAUGAGAUACGGGACUGGAAGGAUACGCUCUCUGGAGGCGAGAAGCAGCGUAUGGCGAUCGCGCGACUAUUCUAUCAUAGACCCAAGUACGCACUGCUAGACGAGUGUACCAGUGCCGUAUCGAUCGAUGUGGAGAGCUGUAUCUACGAAACGGCCAAAUCGAUGGAUAUCACGCUGCUAACCAUCACUCAUCGUCCAACGCUGUGGAAAUUCCACACGCACAUCCUGCAGUUCGAUGGUCAAGGUGGAUGGGUGUUUGAGAAGCUAGAGGAAGGUGCCCAGCAAAAAGUUCCUACGGUGAAAGCCAACCCCACAUCCAGCAGCUAGAUCGUCUGUUCGGAUGCAAACUUUAGGACAGCAUUGUACAGAAAACAAAAAACAAACAGAGCAGAGCAAGCGGCAGACAUACGAACGAUGAGAUUAUUUGAAAGUGUUUGCGUUUAGCAUCGUUCUAUAUCGUUCGGUUUUGUAAAAAUAACGCAAAAACAGACAAGCAUCACGCCAAAAAUGAGUCAAAACGUUGUUUUGGAAGGAAGCCGUGGAUAAAUAUAUAAUAAUGAUGUCAGGAGAGGUUAUUUUUAAGGGAGUAGGAUGGGAUAAAUAUUACGACUACGUGUACUACUGCUACGUAGGCUAUGCGCAGAAUCGAGUUGGACACUGUUUUUUUGUGAAUAUGUCAAUUUGAAUGUUACUUUUUUAAUUUGUUCGUACUUAGUGCAAUCUUAAAUAAAGUUAACCAAACGAAUUGUAA